AUGCCUCCAAAGUUGUAUCUGAUCCGCCACGGCCAAGGCGAGCAUAAUAUUAACAAUGCCAAUCAUCUUCGUGAUCCCCUGCUGACUGCAAUGGGAAAAGAGCAAUGUCUUCAGCUCAGAAAGGAGUUCCCAUUCGCCAAGGACAUUUCUGCUGUUUUUGCAUCUCCUCUCCAACGGACCAUCCAAACUGCGGCGUGGACAUUCGGUCCAGAGCUAGAGCGACGCCAAUUACCCUUUAUCCUUGUGCCCAAUGCACAAGAGAUUAGUGGUUUUCAAUGUGACUACGGCCGGGACGAAGCUUUUGUCAAAUCUAGCGCUCCAGGGCUUAUCAGAGAGGCCGCUCCUGGCUUUGACGAAGCGAAUAUUGACACAACGCUUGUUAAUGGAGAGUGGAACUCAAAGGAAGGCAUAUAUGCCCCCACUCUUCCUGCUGUCCGUCGGCGUGCCGGAGAGCUGCGACGCUGGCUUUGGAGUCGUCCAGAGGCACAUAUUGCUCUGAUAACCCACGGUGGCUUCCUUCAUUACCUCAUGGAAGAUUGGGCUACCUAUGACAAAUCUCAUAGUACCGGCUGGCGAAACUGUGAAUGGCGUCAAUUCGAGUUCACCGAAGAUUCAAACGCAACAGAGGCACAUUUGAUUGAAGUCGGGAACACUGAACCCAAGAAAGAUAGAGCCCCUGGUCUUGACUCUCAUGUAAUUCAAGAGAUUGAGGAAAUUGAAAAAGCAACCGCUUAA